AUGAUGGCGUGCCGGGUCAUCUUACCAUACCUGUUCGUACUGUGUUACUUUCUUUCGCCGUCCAAUGUGGCGAUGGGACAGGAUGAGGAUGGUUCUUCUGCCGCUGCCACCGCACUGGAACCGGUGUGUCCGACCGUGGUGAAGCGGGCCCAGUGGGGAGCGGCCAAAUCGAGCAACGUCACGUACCAGCUGAAACCGGUUGCGAACGUCAUCGUGCAUCACACGACGGGCGAACGCUGCACCACCGUGCCGACGUGCAAGGAGAUGGUGCGGAAUAUACAAACCUACCACCAGACCCAGAACCGCUGGAGUGACAUCGGUUACAACUUUUUGAUCGGCACGGGCAACAUAUACGAGGGUAUUGGUUGGCAUCGGACGGGCGCACACCUGCGGGGCUACAACGACAAAUCGAUCGGUGUGGCCUUCCUCGGGAACUUCGACCAGGACCGACCGACGGCACGUAGCCUCGACCUGCUCGCACAGCUACUGCAGUGUGGCGUCGCGACGGGCGAGCUUACUGACGACUAUCGGCUGUACGGUGCGCGUCAGCGCCAGAGCACCAACAGCCCGGGCAGGUGGUUGUACGCGAAGCUGCAGACGUUCGACCACUGGCAGGUGGACGACUAG